CUCUUCUAGUCUAAACGUUCGUGGUGGAUGCAUGAAGGAAUAAUUGACAAAAUUUGAUGACAGAAGGGUUUAUUGUCGAGGAAAAAAAAGUUUAAAACAUGCCAGAACUUCUUCAGAACGGGAAUCAUGAAAAUGGCUCCUGUUCUAAGCAGCAAUGUCGUGCACAUUCACCUACUUUGACAGACUAUGUACCUUUGAAUGAAAGGGUGCUCAAACGCAUCGAGUCGAGAGAUCCAUGGUAUUCCCUGGAAUUUUUCCCACCAAGAACAGAAAAUGGCGCUAUUAAUUUGAUUGGAAGGAUUGAAAGAAUGAAUCGUGGAGGACCACUUUUUUGUGACAUUACUUGGCAUCCAGCAGGUGACCCAGGAAACACAGAAAAGCCAACAAGUUCUACAUGUAUGGCUGGUACAAUGUUAAAUUACUGUGGUGUAGAUACCAUGCUUCAUAUUACAUGUGGGAAUCAAGAUAUAGAAGAUAUUAAAGAGAACCUGCAGAAAGCUAAGGAUCUAGGAAUAAGAAAUUUAUUGGUUCUUAGAGGAGAUCCACCAGAUGGUGGUGAAUCAUGGACAUUUCAGAAAGGACGAUUGAAUUAUGCCACUGACUUGGUGAAACUUGUACGAAAAGAGCAUGGAGAUUACUUUGUCAUUUGCAUAGCAGGAUAUCCAACAGGGCACCCAGAAUGUUCCAGCUAUGAGGUCGAUUUGAAAUUUUUAAAGGAAAAAGUUGAUGCCGGUGCUGAUUUCAUUAUUACUCAGUUGUUUUUCAAAUCAGACACUUUUCUGAAAUACGUUGAAGAUUGUAGAAAUAUUGGGAUAAGUUGUCCUAUCAUUCCUGGCAUUUUGCCAAUACAGGCAUAUCAGUCAUUGCGACACAUUGUGAAACUCUCUCGAUUAGAGGUACCACAAGAGAUUAUAGACGCCAUCAAUCCAAUUAAAGACAAUGAUGAAGCAAUAAGAAAUUAUGGGAUAGAUCAGGCCACAACAAUUUGUAAAGAAUUAUUGAACAGUGAUAAAAUUCAUGGCCUUCAUUUCUAUACUCUAAAUCGAGAAGUAGCUACAAUAGAAAUUCUCAAAAGACUUGGUAUGUGGCUUGAAGAACCUGCAAAACCUCUGCCAUUUAAACUCUCUGCCCAUUAUAACAGAACCAAGGAAGAUGUUCGACCAAUAUUUUGGCGAAUGCGACCAAAUAGUUAUGUUCAUAGGACAUCUAACUGGGAUGAAUUUCCAAACGGACGGUGGGGCAAUUCCUCGGCAGCAUCAUUUGGGGAUAUAUCUGACUAUUAUUUGUUUUAUUUGAAACAUAAAUCGCCAAAAGAGGACAUGCUGAAAAUGUGGGGAUCAGAGCUUAAAAGUGAAAAGGAUGUGUGGCGAGUAUUUUACUCGUAUAUUACAGGAGAGCCCAACGCAGAAGGAGUAAAGGUGAAAAACAUACCAUGGGUGGAUGAAGAGCUUAAUGCAGAAACAUCUUUAAUCCAAGAAAAGCUAGCAGCUGUAAAUAAAAGGGGUGUGAUGACUAUAAACUCUCAACCUAAUAUUAAUGCAGCGCCCUCUACAGACCUGAAUGUUGGAUGGGGUAGUCCAGGAGGAUAUAUUUUUCAGAAGGCCUAUUUAGAAUUCUUCACAUCAGCUGAGAAUGUAGCAGAGCUGAAGAAGAUCCUAGAGGAAUAUCCUUAUGUCAACUACCACAUUAUAAACCACAAUGGCCAGGAUGUUGACACUAAUUGUGACCGAUCUUGUCCAAUAGCUGUUACUUGGGGUGUAUUUCCUGGAAAGGAGAUUGUUCAGCCAACAGUGGUAGAUCCAAUUGCAUUUCAGACUUGGAAGGAUGAAGCCUUUGGACUGUGGAAAGAAACAUGGGGUAGAUUAUAUCCAGAGGAUUCUGACUCCAGGAAGAUGAUUAAUCAUAUACAUGAUAGCCAUUACCUUGUAAAUCUAGUAGACAAUGACUUCCCGAAGGAAUCCUGUCUUUGGGAGAUUGUUGAGAGAAUGUUAGAACAAGCAGGAAGUAAAAUGGACACAACAGAAAUAGCAAUUAACUAAAGAUGUAGACAAAGGAUGAAUUGGAGAGAGAAAAAUAAUUGAAAGAAAAGACCAGACAUUUUCUGAUAUUGUGGGAUUUUAAUUAUUGUGAUAAACUUUUUAUUCCUUUCUGUACAGUUUUAAUUGACUUGUAUACAGAUUGCUGACAGUUGUAUCAUCUAUAUUAACUUAAACAUCUGAACAAAAACAUCAGCACGCAUUUAUAUUUUAACAUAUUAUUGUGAAAGAGGUAUAAUGUUGAAAAGAAUAAUUAUGAAUUUGCUUUCUCCAGUUCUUCACACAAAUUUUUUGGGGGAUAACUUGCAUGUGCAUCUAAAAUAGAGUUUUGAGACUUAAUUUUCUGGACUAAAAUUCUCCGUUUUGGGGGCAAUGGUUAAACAAUUUCACUGGGUUAUUAAUGAUUCCCGUAAAAUUUGUAUCUAUAUGUCAAGGUUACAAAACAAUAAUUUACCAAAAUAAGACUUUUUUAAGACUUCAAAAUUAAUUAAUAAUGACAAAAUACAAGUUUUGGGGUUAAAGGUAAUAUACUGAAAACACUAGUUCUAGAUUAUGUUAUCAGUGAUCAUGAUAGACUUGUUUUGACAUUUGUAGCUAAUUGUGUGUUAAGAAUCAAUAUAUUAAAUGUAAAUGUGGGGAUCAGACUUUUUCAGUGUUUCCAUACUGUGUGGUUUGUUGCAUGAAUGUUAUUGUAGUACUUUUAUUUUACGUGUUGAAAAAUUAAUCAUAAAUGUAGAUGUUGAUGAAUUCAUGUUUUGUUGGGUGCUGUCAUAUUAAUCAUACAAUGCAUUGGGUUCCAUUCUAGUGCCAUAGGUUCCAUGAAGUCAGGUUUUAUGAAGACAAACACAUUAAAUUCCUCUUUUUUUUAAUCAAAAUUUUAUUUACCAAAUGGUAUCAGUGAAUUACUUAAAACAAUUUUUUUAUUAUCAAAACGAGAAUGAUAAAGUAUAAGAAACAAGUUUUUAACAUAUAAGGUCUUCUCAAAUUAGCGAAUUCAUUAGGUACUUUAUUUUGAAUUUUGAAUGUUUACAAGUAAAGAUGUUCUUCACUGGUUACAGUGGUACUUAAUUCAAAAUUUCUAAAAAUAUAUAGUUGUCCUGUUUUAAUCAACUUGUAAUCAGAGGUAAUAUUUGUAUAUUGCUCUUUAAAGAAAAUAUUUGAAAAAGGUCCCAAUUUUAUGUAAAAGUAAAAUUUUAUCUAUCAAAAAGGGGAGGGGCCUACAACCUCCAUGCCCCUGAAUCUGCCAAUGGCAAUUCACAAGUAGUCAAUAAUAUUUGGUAAUACAUUUGUAUGAUGAUAAUAAUUAAAUGAUUCAAAAUUAGUAUAAAUGACACUCAAUUACAAUGUGGUUGAAUAAUACCGUACUAGCUGAAAUAGUUGCAGUAAUGUAUAUUUGUGCAGUACUUUGUAUCGUAAAGAUCUUUCAAGUUUUAUAUUAUAAUUAUUCUUUAAGAAGAUGACUAAUUUGUUUACAUUUCAUUAAAAGAUCUUUUUACUGUAGAGUGUAUACAUAUGUUUAUUAUUGUAUUAUGUUUGUGUAUAUUUUUUGUGGGUUUUUGUAACUUAUAAAUGUUAAAAA